UACAUCUCCCAGGCCGCCAUGCUUUCCAGCUGGAGUCCUAGGGCGCUGACUGCUCCCCAGUUUCCGUAGGGAAGCGCCGGGCCACCGCGGCUAUUGUGCGCGGUCGCGAUCUCGCCCUCCUCUUCCCGCUCGGGUGUCUAUGGAGCAAGGCUACGUUUCCUUGCCGCCUCGGCUUAACCCUUCCGUCGCCUAACAGGACAGCAGGCGGCCCCUGGGACCAGGAAGAAGUCUUGGGAGCCGGAGAACUCUGGUAACAAAACCCUAGGGUGCAAGGCAGACACUUGAAGGAGCCCGAAGGCUCGGGCUCGGUACCAGGGCUUGGCUGGGGCGGGGCAGAGGCGCUGGCUUUAAGAAGGGGGAGGGGACCGUGCAGUCAGGGUUGCCCGCGGAGUUCGGCAAAGGAAAUCUGCUGGCUCCGGAGCCGGGAGUGAGGAGCGCGGAGAGGCGGCUCCCAUCCCCAGCGCUCACCCCCGCCUACACCCUGGGCGGGCCGAAGUGUCACGUUUGCAAUUGCUCUGGAAGGAUCCGGCUGGUCUCCAGAGGCGAGCCGGGCUGCGGUUUCUGCUGUCCGUCUGGGGAGGCGAUGCCUAGGGGGCAUGCUGCUUGCUAGGCAGUACCCUGCUAGGAUCCGUCUGCGUUAGUUAGCUCUCCCAGACACCUGAAGCCAUCGCCAGGCCGCCGGUUUCCGGUACAGACCAGCCAGCUCUCCCCUGGAAUCUCAUCAGAACAGAACCAUGGGGCAUCCCCCACUGGAGUUCAGCGAUUGCUACCUGGACAGCCCCAAUUUCCGAGAGAGGCUCAAGUGUUAUGAGCAGGAGCUGGAGAGGACCAAUAAGUUCAUCAAAGACGUGAUCAAAGACGGCAACGCGCUUAUCAGUGCAAUGAGAAGUUAUUCCACAGCUGUUCAGAAAUUUUCCCAGACGCUGCAGUCCUUUCAGUUUGAUUUCAUUGGAGACACUCUGACUGAUGAUGAGAUUAACAUUGCUGAAUCCUUCAAGGAAUUUGCUGAAUUGCUCAAUGAAGUAGAAAACGAGAGGAUGAUGAUGGUACACAACGCUAGUGAUUUGCUAAUCAAACCCCUGGAAAAUUUCCGGAAGGAGCAAAUAGGCUUCACUAAGGAACGGAAAAAGAAAUUUGAAAAGGAUGGCGAGAGGUUUUAUUCUUUGCUGGAUCGGCACUUACAUCUGUCCUCCAAAAAGAAAGAAUCUCAGUUACAAGAGGCAGACCUGCAGGUGGACAAGGAGAGGCACAAUUUUUUCGAGUCUUCCCUUGAUUACGUUUAUCAAAUCCAGGAAGUUCAGGAGUCCAAGAAGUUCAAUAUUGUGGAGCCGGUCUUGGCCUUUCUUCAUAGCCUCUUCAUUUCCAACAGCUUGACGGUAGAACUCACACAGGAUUUCCUCCCGUACAAACAGCAACUCCAGCUCAGCUUGCAGAAUACAAGAAAUCAUUUCUCCAGUACCCGGGAAGAGAUGGAAGAACUUAAGAAAAGGAUGAAAGAGGCUCCCCAGACAUGCAAACUUCCAGGACAGCCAACCAUUGAAGGCUAUCUCUAUACGCAAGAGAAAUGGGCUUUGGGAAUAUCCUGGGUGAAAUACUACUGCCAGUAUGAGAAAGAGACCAAGACGCUCACCAUGACACCUAUGGAGCAGAAGCCAGGUGCUAAGCAGGGGCCCUUGGACUUAACCCUGAAGUACUGCGUGAGAAGGAAGACGGAGUCUAUUGACAAGAGGUUCUGUUUUGACAUAGAAACGAAUGAAAGGCCAGGAACCAUCACUCUGCAGGCCCUUUCAGAAGCGAACAGAAGACUAUGGAUGGAGGCCAUGGAUGGGAAAGAGCCUAUAUACCACAGCCCCAUAACGAAACAGGAAGAAAUGGAGCUGAAUGAAGUGGGCUUCAAGUUUGUGAGAAAGUGCAUCAAUGUCAUUGAGACCAAAGGGAUCAAGACAGAGGGAUUGUACCGUACCGUGGGCAGCAAUAUUCAGGUUCAGAAGCUGCUGAAUGCCUUUUUUGAUCCUAAAUGCCCAGGAGAUGUGGAUUUUCAUAAUAGUGACUGGGACAUUAAGACAAUCACCAGCUCUUUGAAAUUCUACCUCAGGAAUCUUUCUGAACCUGUCAUGACCUAUAGACUACACAAAGAGCUGGUCUCUGCUGCCAAGUCUGACAACCUGGAUUACCGGCUGGGAGCCAUUCACUCCUUGGUAUAUAAGCUACCGGAAAAGAACCGAGAGAUGCUGGAACUUCUUAUAAGACACUUGGUCAAUGUGUGUGAGCACAGCAAAGAGAAUCUUAUGACUCCCUCCAACAUGGGGGUGAUCUUUGGUCCCACGCUGAUGAGAGCUCAGGAAGACACUGUAGCUGCCAUGAUGAACAUCAAAUUCCAGAACAUUGUGGUAGAAAUCCUAAUUGAGCACUUUGUCAAGAUCUAUUCAGGUCCACCUGAGGAAAGUGCGGCACCCCCAGUGCCUCCACCUCGAGUGACAGCAAGGAGGCACAAACCAAUCACAAUUUCAAAGCGCUUGCUGCGAGAAAGGACAGUUUUCUAUACUUCUUCCGUGGAUGAAAGUGAAGAUGAAGUCCAACAUCGAACACCCAAUGGUACUAUUGCCAGCGGUAUCGAAGCCCCCAAACUGCCUAUUCAGAAAAGUGGGGAAGCUGAUCCUGGGAGAAAGUCCCCAAACAGGCCUGUUUCAGAUGGCAAGUUGGAGUCCUCCCUUGAGGUGGACGUGGGGAAGUUGGUGUCUCGGCUGCAGGAUGCAGGGACCAAGGCCCUUCCAAAAGCCACCAAUGGACCUGUGCCUGGCUCUGGACCCAGCAAGGUCCCCUCUUUCCACAUAAAGAGACCAGCUCCUCGGCCCCUGGUUCACCACAAGGAGGACACAGUGCUAUGUGGCAUGAGAGACAACGAUGAAAGGCCAUGGUCCCUGCCUUCCAAAGGAGACUCUGACAGUUUCAGCAAAGUACGGCCUCCAGGAGAAAAGCCAACCAUCAUCCGUCCCCCAAUGAGGCCUCCAGACCCUCCCUGCCGGGCAGCUGCUCCCCAGAAACCAGAACCAAAGCCAGAUAUUGUAGCUGGCAGCGCGGGGGAAAUCCCGUCUUCUGUGGUGGCUUCCAGGACCAGGUUCUUUGAAACAGCUUCCCGGAAAACAGGAAGUUCUCAAGGCAGACUUCCUGGAGAUGAGAGUUGAGGCCUCAGGUUGGCCUCAGAAGACCCUUUCCAGGUUCUGAAAGGGUCUUCCUCAAACCCUUGUGUGCUGAGUCAAUUUGUGCUGAAGAGUAGCUCCUUUGUGGCCCUGCACCUUCAGACUCUGGGAUGCUGUAAAAUAAGCUGCACAUGUCCUAGAACAGGUCUAUUUCUCCUUUGUAUUCUGUCUUCAUUCCCUCAGAAGUUCUAUCUUGAGUUCCUGUAGGACUGUGAAUGGCUGAACUCCCUCAAGCCAGGCUCUGCAAAAACCAAGCACUCCACUGACUGAUCUGAGUUGAAGAGGGAGAGCUCGGCUUUCAACUCUCCUCUGAAUUUCCUGCCUCCCCAAAAGGACACUGAACUCUGAGAGAAUUGGGGCUAACGAAUGAUCUCAGAGGUCUUACCCUGAACCAAAAGCUACUUGAGUUGGGGCCAUUGCUUACCUUGGAAGCGGGGAGCUGGAACGUUUCCUGAACAAUGGAGAAUCAUAACAUGUCUCUUGCUAAGGGUAUGUACCCCGGUGCCAGGCUGGAGCGCUGGCGCUGCAAUAUGUUGCCAAGAACCUGUAUGCUCCUGUGGGGCCAGACAGCACGGGUGAUGCCCCCUCAACCCCUCCACGUGGACUCAGGAAGGUGGCCUUCCUGCUCCCGCAUGCAGCCGCUUAGGACAAAUCUGCAAAGCAUGUUUUGCAUGUCAAAACCUAGGUCUCUCUGAAUUAGUCUUCCGCCUGUUUUCUCCUGACAGCUUCCUUUCCAAGCAAUUAAGAAAGAAAAAAAAAAGUUGAAAACAAUUCUCUGAAAAAGGGAGACUGUGUUUCUACUGCAGGAGUUCCAAUUAUGGGUCAAAUGCUGGGGGGAAAAAGUUCAGAUGGAUCGAGGCCAGCCAGCUGUCACUGUUGUAUCAUGUUUGCCUUCUGCAGAUAAACUUUUAUUUCCUAAAAAAAGCAGUCCUUAACCCAGUGCCCAUGGGUUCAGGAACUUCACCAAGCCUCUGAAGUGGUAUGCAGAAUUCUACGACAAUGUGCCUUUCCUGGGGAGAUAUCCAUAACGUUCGACAGAAUUUCGAAUGGGCCUGUGACCCAAUAAAGGUUAAGAACCACAGCCCAGAGAUAAAACACUCUUUUUACAACUCAUAAUGUAUUUGAUUGGAAGAGCCUUUCAAUGUAAUAAUUUAGUCUAACCGCCUAGUUUACCAUUGGGAAAACUGAGGCAGAACAAGUUAGCAGCCAUGUCUAAACAAGAUCCCAGGCCCUUGGACUCUUAUUCAAGGUUCUUUCCAUUACACCACACUUACCUAGCAAAGGACAGUGUGAUAGGUGGCUUUAGUGGUCAUCAUUUUGGGGGUUUGGGCAUUACCCUCUUGUGAGCCCCACAUAUUUGCCACCAAAUGAAAAUCUUCCAGACAUAAGCUCCUAGUCUUCCUCAUUUGCCAUGUUAACCGUUGGAAAGGAACUGAAACACAGUUGGUGUAGUGAGUGAGACAUCUGAGGAGUAAACAUUUCUGAUUCCUAACUGUUGAAGGGAAGCUGCUAGAGAAAGUGGCACUGCUCGUGUCCCCAUGCAGAUGCCUGUGCCGUAGCCUGUUUUGAGGGUCUCUGUGGCCCAGUGUGGGAGAAAGGGCUUUCCAACUUGGAUCCUUCUAGCAAGGCUCUGCUAGUGUACUGACUACAAUACUGAGAGAGAAAUGGAGGCAUGGGAGUGGGGGAGGCCAGACGGUGAGGUAGAGGGAGAUGGAGGAAGGCGAAGAGAGAGAGAGAAUAAAUAUGAAUGGGAGAUGAGAGUAUGCACAUCUGCCCAAACCAACUCUGAGAUGCCUUUGGAAAGGCAGUCGUCAGUCACUUUUGAGACUGAACUCUAAAUGUGGUUUAUUGCUGAAUUAGUAACACGUGGGCUAAGCACACUGAGAGCCUCUCUGGAAAUAAUUGAGUGGAAUCUCGAUGUCAUUCCCAAUGAAGACAUGCCCAGGUAGCCACGUUGGACUCUCUCAGCUCUACUUCAUCUCAAAGGCCAAGUUGCCAAGAAACCCAGAGCAACAGAGCCAGCCAAGUGGCCACCAUUCUACCAGCUGCUCACCCCCAAAGGGAAUCCCUGUGAGACCUGCUCUUCUCACCCCGGUAGUACUUGUUGAGCCAGGUCUCAGAGCUGUGGCCUCUCUGCUGUCCCAUUAGAUGACUAACUAAAGCAAGCAGGUGUGCAGGUUUGCAGCCUCAGUACCUUUGAAGAUGGUAGAAACAUGGUUUCACUUUGGUUUUCUUCAUGUGGAGGAUACCACAAUCAGCACUACAAAUACUGAAAGAUUAUUGAGAACCAGAGAAAGCCACUGCAAUCCCAGUAAAACAGGUGUCCCAGAAAUGUGGCCAUGACAUUGCUGUGUGUUUCCUGGGACACUGAUUGAGAGCCUUGCCUAGAGAGUUGGGACCACCAGUCUGGUUGGAGGCCACGGAGCACUGGCUGGCUAGCUCUGCCUCUGCCCUGGGCUAUACUCAAAGAACGGUCAAGAAUGAACCUAGAGGUUCCCCUUUCGCACUCUGAUUUAAAGAGCAAAAGCUUUCUGUGGUGAGGCUCACUGUCGUGGAAUGAGACUGGCCUGAGCCAAGCUGGAGGGAUGGAUAGUCAUUCAGUAGAGGCUAUGGGAAGGGGAUGGUAAUUGGAGAGUGGCAAUUUCAGGAAGUUAUCCACGUGCCUUGACUGGCAGGUUAGAGAAAGUGGCCGUGGCUGAAGUGUGAAUGUGUAACUGAUAGGGGUAACAUUUACUAAGCACCUAUUAAGUGCUAGGUGCUCCAUACACAUGAUCUCAUUUAGUCCUUCAACUUGCAGGUAGCUGUUGUCCUCCUUUGCAGAUAAAGGUCUGUGGCCCAGGGGGCUAAAGGAACUCACCCAAGGUCACAUGGAAAGUAAAUAACAGAACUGUGACUCGAAUCCAGGCCUCUCUGACUCUGUUACCCAUGCUGCUUUCCCUGUGCCACACAGAGGCCACAUUACUGGAGCUGGCACAACUCAGACUCUUGCCAGCCUAACAAAAUAGUAAAAGGAACGCAUUUGAGGGGAAGGAGGGAAUGCAGGUUCAGUUUCCAGGGGAGCAAAAACUGGGCUGGAAGGGAUUUCUUACUGGGACUUUCUCCUCAACUUUGGUAUACCCUGUAGGUAGUGUUUUACAAAGAUCAUUGAAUUUUACCUUGUGAGAUGAAAGAUUUCUUUUUCAGUUGGUAGUUUUUAAGUCCUUGGCUUAGCUGUUUUUCAAAGGAAAAAAAGGUCCUGUGUGUGUCCGUGUACUUCACCAAGUUUGUAACAUUUCAGCCCAAGACACUGGCAUCAUCCACACAUGCAGUUCAAGAAGCCAAAAAGGUCUCAGUACCUCUCGGCCAAAUUCCUACCAGGUUUUUCUGCAGUAACAGCAAAAGUUACGAGAUAAUUUAGAAUAAGAAACAUUAUUGAAGUUUUUGUUUAGAAAAGGGAGUGUGUGGGGGGGGUGGUGGUGUCUAGCCACCGAGGGGCAAAACUCAGCAUUCAAUUAUAGUAAUGAAAUAGUGGCAUGUAGAGUGCUAAAAUAAUUGGCUAUCAUGGCGAAGUAUCCUUUCAUUUUCAAGAAAUUCCUUGAUUGUUAAUAACUAGAAAAAAUAAAGUAGUAGAGAAGUAUUUCUGUGAGUAGAAAAAAAUUGCUUUUGAGAGAAUGUCGAUGAACGAUACUGUUUUCAAUGUAGCUGCAGACAAAUGGCCUUGACACAUUACAAGCCCAGAAAAAGCUUCAGAAGCGUUUAAUAAUUGCAGAGAGAUGCAACACACCGUGAAGAGCUGUUUUUGAUGAAGAAAAGCCUUCAUUUUCAUAAGAAAAGAAGCACUUGGUACCAAGCACAUUAAUAGAUGCUAGAAAGACUGCCUAUGUGAAAUACAUAUAUGAAAUCAGAAGAAAGGAUGUGAUCCUGGGGCCCGUUCAUGUGACUUUCAAUAAAGUAUGCAGAUUGUCUAGUAUUAAUGGCCUCCAUUUGCAGUUUUGUCAUGGAAAUAAUCUCUGAGCAUAGGAGGUGUGACUGCAGCCACUAUGCACUGC